AUGGAUGGGAGCGUGUAUUCGCCGCUGAGUAUGAUCAGCCGACAGCGAGCGUUUAAGUAUCCAAGUAAGGAAGCAAAUUUACCAACUAUUCUGCAAAUAUCAACAGCACAAUCAAAUGAAGAUAUAUAUCUUCUUGAUGGAGAAAGUCCUAAGGCCAGAGAAAUUGGUGAGGGUGUCAAACUAUUCUGCAAUGGAGAAGACACCAGACGAAAUGGCUUGGCCAUAGCAGUGGCAGUAUAUCUCAAAGACCGUGUCCGCCGUCAACAGAUACUCGAGGAACGAGAAGGAGAGAAGUUCGUCCUAAGCCUGGCGAAAGCGCGUCACCGCAGCACUCAGGACAUCAUGGUAGUGAAGUCCUCUAGGAGCAGUGAGGAUGCAAUCCUGAAGAAGCCUGACGAGGUCAUGCGCAUGACCCCAUCAAACUCUGGACAGAGGGUGAAGUGCCAGAGCAAUAGGAAAGAUGAAGGCUUGGAAGGCGCUUGUAAAGCACGGGAUAAAGUGCCAGGCGAUUCUGGUACACUGUGA